AUGGAUGAUGGGGAUUGGGACGAGUUCUGGGCGGAGCUCGACAUCGAUCCUGACAACGACUUGAAAAGCUCUCUGGAACUCGAUCCAUUCUCACUUGAGGAAUGCCAUAGGGUCGACAGCGAAAACAUAUUCUACCAGCCCCUGGCAGAGGACGAGAUCCGCUUGCUCACCGUCUGGCCUGGGUCUUUUGGCGAUGCAGUCCGUUGCAGCCUUGCUGUCACGACGACGACUCGGGGUUAUGAGGAGUACGAUGCCAUCUCUUACACCUGGGCAGGCGACGACGAUAUCAUUGACAAGUCGGGCCGGGUCUCUAUCGCUUCGGAAGAUUUCCCAGUCACUCCAAACUGCGAGGCCGUGCUAAGGCGGGUUCGGCAAGAAUGGGAACCAAGGAUAGUGUGGAUUGACGCUAUCUGCGUCAACCAAGAUGACCUUCACGAACGAGGAAGGCAGGUCAGCUUGAUGCCACAGAUUUACUCGCGCGCGCGAGAAGUCAUUAUCUAUGCGGGAGAGGCAACUAGUGAUAUACCGGCCUUGUUCAAACAUCUCACCUGGGCUCAGCAUAACACCACGCCUGGCAAGCGAGAAGAGAUCCAGGGAGCUUUGGCGAGGCUGCUCAGUCGCCGGUACUUUUCGCGGGCGUGGAUUAUCCAAGAAGUUGCACUUGCAAGACAGGCAACUCUCAUUUGCGGAAGCCACACGUUGUCAUGGUCUUUGGUUCACGUCAACAACUUAGCCGCCCGUGGUCUUUUAUCAGCCUUGGCGGCAGAGGACGGGAGCAUACCAGGGUUGCAAGCGUGGCCUCCAGCAAUUCAGUUCAAGGCGCCAGCCUUCAGGACUACCGGCGACCUCCUCCGCCUGCUGGAUUUAGCCCGUAACAGUCGGGCAGCGGACCCACGCGAUAAGGUCUUUGCAGUCUUUGGGCUGAUCACUUGUCCUGAGAGUGAAGGGUUCUCCGCAGACUACACCAAAUCCCCCAAAGAGGUCUUUACGUCGACUGCUUUGUGGAUCGCCCAGAGGUUCGGCCUGCCGGCUCUGCUUGCGAGGACUGUGGAUGUUGUACGGCGUGCGCCUGUGAGCGAGGCAGUCGCGUUGGAUUCAGCAUGGAUACCCAACUGGACGGAGGACACAUUUCAGAGCCGGGACUCGUUGAUUCCCCGACUCAGGAGAGAGUAUCGCUCAGUGUCCAAGAUGGCAGGGUUGCCAAUUACGGCGUCACAGAGAGACUCCAGCGCGAUUCGAUUUCCCGCGUUCAGGCUCGGGCGCAUUAUUGACGAAGUUAUGAAGUAUGACGAAGAGUCCUAUCAGUGGUUCUCAGAAAACGUCAUAGGUCGAGCGAGGGAUGUGCAUCGUCCUCCCCCGCCAUGGUUGUUUACGAUAUUUGGCGACUAUGUUGAUGGAAGGAGAGCUACCGAGACGUACUCAUUCGUCUUUUUGAGAAAGGACAGGGAAUUUCCGGGUCUGGCGAGCGAGGCAUACUCCCAGUGCGAGAAUGGAUUUCCAGUCACUUUCAAGACGCUGGGUGCUUACGCGCGAUGGAACCAGUCCAGCAUUUAUCUCCUUCCGGAGCCGGAUGAAUAUGGAAAGUUCCAGUUCACCCAUCCAGGAACUGUGUCCGUUUUUGCUGACGGGAAGUCACUCACAUGGCUCCACGAGAACGUGAACGGAAGGACGACGAAGGGUAGGUUCAGUAAGUACGCAGUUAUCUGCGCGGCCGAUGGUUCGGAUGGGGCCGAGAAACUGCGAGGACUCUUGUACAUGGAUGGGGCUUCUCAGAAUGGCGUUUGGAAAACGGGAGAGUUUUCGUUUGUGUGUGCUAAGUAG